AUGAAGGCUUUUCUGAUUGCCCUGCUGGUGGCAGUCCUGUGUGCUGAGCAAGCUUCCUCGCUGUUCUGCUACACAUGCGACAACGAGCACUCCAACUGGAACUGCCUGAAAACCUACAAGUGUGAAGACCAUGAGAAAUACUGUACGACCACAUACAGCUCUGCUGGGUUUGGCAAGGACACGGGACACCGCAUCACCAAGAAAUGUUCUGUAGACUGUCCUGAGACGAACAUAAACUUUGGUGUGGCAGCUUAUUCCACCAAAUGCUGUAGUACCUCCCUGUGCAAUUUCAGUGGUGCUAACAGCAUAAAAAUCAGCUACGCCGUGAUGUUCCUGGGAAUGGUGGCCAGUUUGAUCUGUGUCAUCCGGGCAGGAUUGUGAUGAGGCGUGGGAGAAGAUGUGACAACCGAAGA